GAACACUAACAAUACGCUUAUAUAUCUCAGAUGACAGAUUUAGACGCGAAGACCAUACAAAAGCUACGCGCCAAGAUGAAGCGGCUGGCAGCUACCGAGUGGGUACACAGGCAUGCACUCGCACCCCGCAAUCCGGAUUCAAAUAUUGACCAUCCGCUGAGAAAGGCACAAAAAGGAAGUAAUGAUGUAAUUUACACAACACAAUACAGUGGUAAGCUGUGUCUAGACAAUAGCAGUGUUGACAAUAUAGAAGAGUGUGCUGCUGGAAAACAACAGUCUAGCACUCAACACCCCAGUACUGAACACCGCAUGAAACGCAGCAGAAUAGUCGAGGCACACACCGAGGAUGCACAGCAAUGGGAGUGUUGCGACCUGACAUACACAGAUCAGAGUGUUCUGCGUCAGCAUAUGGCCCGAACACAUACUACGGAACUUGCAUCACAUGCAGACGAGUUACUAAGCGCCGAAUGUACCAGGUUACGCGGUGAAUAUGCUAAGCUCAGAGGUGAGAAGUGGACUAUGCCUAUAGACUAUCAGGUGCCCAAGGGAUGGCCAAUCGUGAGUGAAUGCGAUUAUUUACCUGCGAAAGUACUAGAGAAUGUAAACAAGCAUUCACAAAAACACAGCAGCGAUGGAACAACUGAAGGAGAAUCCGAAGCAUUGAGCAAAGAUGACGAUAGCAACGAGGGCAUAGAGAAACAACGUACAUCACAUACUCAGGACCCUUUAUCUACAUGUAGUAAGCCUGCAGCAUAUGCUUCACAUAAGCCUGUGUAUGUACUAUCAG